AUGUCCGGCCGUACUAUCUCUUACGGCCGCGGAGGCGCCGGCAACAUGUCGCGCCAACAAUCCGCCACCACACCCAAAGACCUCAUCACCCCCACAAUCAAGCAAGAGGUCUAUACCACUGGUCGCGGUGGCUCGGGUAACAUGGCUCACAACGAUCCUGACCGACCGGAGAUUGCUCGUGAGAGCCAGGAUAUCGAAUCCCCGCCAUUGCGGGCGCAGCAGAUCCCCCACCACACGGGGCGAGGUGGUGCCGCCAAUGCCUAUAUCCCCACGCCCGAGGAGGAAGAACGAGCUCGACAACAGGAGGCGGAGUUAAUUCGGGUGCGUACUCAGGAUAAAGAUCGCAUCAAGGAGAUCGAGCACGAGCGACAGGAACUGCGAAAGGAGUCGCCUUCGACCUAA